CGAAAAGCCAAUCAUGCGAAGCGACGAAGUCGUGACUUGUAAAUUUAGCCUGUCAACUUUAUGUUUGUAUAAGUAUCUCAUUGAUUUCAUAGUCAGUGACGGAUCAGAUGUUCACCUGUUUUCAUUUUCGAACAUCAGUUGUGUCUUGAACUUGAGGAAGGAAAGUCAGAAGAUUCGAGUGCGAACAAGGAAACUAUAACCGCGUUGAUACCCUGAGAAUUAUCACAUGAAGCGAGCGUGACAGUUGCGGCAAAAAAAAUGAGGCAAGCUACGAUCAUCCUCCUGUGCGUCACAGCCAUUUGCAGUUACUACAGAACUCAAAUCAACGCACAAAAUUGUAUUGAGUGCGAAAGCAAGACUCUAUUUUGCCGAGAUAAGAAGAAAAAUUCUCUGAAAGAGCUCUUAGCAGAUGUAAACGACACAUUUAUCUCGACAGUUAGACGGUUGGUUGUGGAUAAGAAUAAUAUCUUGCUUUCUAAAGAAGAUCUUAAAAUACUGGUAAAAAAAUUCUCUUCCCUGCAUUUCUUAGAUUUGCGAGGUAAUUCAAUACCAGACUUGGAAGCGUUCUCUAGUAAUUUGAGUACGCUUAAGGAACUGGAAGAAAUUGAUUUCGAAUCGAAUAAAAUAAAAGAGAUACCAGAUGAUAUUUUAAAGAAAAUGCCGAACCUUACAGUGUUGAAGUUAAGCCGCAAUAGUAUAGAAAAAAUUCCAGAAAAGCUGUUGGAGAACAACACAGAACUGAAAGCCCUCGUCCUUUCCAACAACAAAAUCAAGAAGAUUGAAGCUAAUGACAUUAAAGAUGGCAAUAAACUGGAAGCAUUAUUGGUCAAUGGUAACCCUCUCGAGGAUUUAGACUGGCCGGUGAUCAAAAAAAUGAAGAACCUCAAAGCAUUGAAUAUUCGUAAUCUCAAAGCAUCCAAUGCUGAAGGUUUUAGUUUUAUUCUGAAUCCCAGGAUAUUUUAUGAAAACACGCAACUGAAAUUCAUAUUCACGAGUGUGUAUGCUGAUUGUUGUAAUAUCAAACGUAUGGAGAAUACGACAAAGAGAAAAUAUGGUAAAAUUAAUAAAGAGUGGGUUUGUCAAUUCAGGAACAACGACCUUGAAGUCAAGGAAGAAUGUGCUGUAAGGAUUAGCUCCGGGGAUCUGGAGGAUACGUAUCAGGGACAUGUGGAAGUUAAUAAGAAAGGAAAAGGCGUUUGGGAAAAAUUGAAGAGCACCAAUUGGACUAUGGAAGAUGCAAAUGUCGUUUGCAGAGAAGUGGGAUAUGAUCUUGCGUUAGAAUUCACAACUGCUUAUCAUUACGAGUUAAGAAAAAGCCAGGAUCCCAAAAUUUAUCCUGAAAAUAUUCCGGGUUCCCACAUGUGGAACAGAGCAUGCAAUGGCUCUGAAUACUCAAUUUUGCGGUGUCAAAAGAGAGACGGUGGCUCACACCUUUUUCCCGAUGCCGGUGUUGGCGUCAGAUGCAAAUCUCCCGACGAAAGGAUAGAUAAAAUGUGCACUGAAAAGAAUGCAACUCGGGCGUUCGAUUGUAUCAAGGAGGACAACAAGAAGCUUAAAAAUUUACCAUGGCAGGAUAAGAAUGAUACAAAAUGCAAAAUGAUAGAUCUCAGGGGAAAUGAAAUCAGAUGGAUACAAGACACUACUUCUCUAAAACACUUUAAGAGCCUGGAGACAUUGUACUUAUCCGGAAAUGGUUUAGCAUGGCUUCACGAUGGCGUUUUUGAAAUAAAAAGUUUGAUUACAUUGGAUUUAAGUAACAAUAACUUGAAAUUCAUCAUAGGCGAACUGAAGAAUGCUCAACUUAAAAAGCAAGACUGGUUCAAAGGUUUAAAUAACCUGCAAAGUUUGGACAUUUCUUCAAAUCAACUUACAAGUUGGCCCAGCAACGUCUUCCUACCUCUAAAAAGCAUACAAAACAUGUCGAUGAAAAACAACAGGUUUAAGGAGUUUCAUAACAGAUUCUUUGAACAUUUAGGAUCACUGCAGCGGCUGGACAUUUCAACCAAUCCUGGUCUAAUUAUCCAGAACUGGGUCGAACUUUUAAAAUAUUUGAGUAACCUGAAGCAUCUGACGACAGAUCGGUUCACAGAUUGCUGUUUUGUGGAGGCAAUCUUGUCGGAUGCAGAAUGCGUUGCCCCAGCUGAUAGUCUUGCCAGUUGUGAGGAAAUGAUAAAAUAUCCGGCGCUCAUAGUUCUAAUGUGGUUCUUGGUUGUUCUAACGAUCGGAGGGAAUAUUUUUGCCCUCCUCAUGCGGUUGGUGAAGGACGAUCAAAACAGAGUACAAAAUAUGUUCAUUUGCAGUCUUAGUUUCAGCGACAUGCUCAUGGGGGUGUACUUAGCAGGAAUAAUCAACCAGCAGAUUGCGACAAAAGGUGAAUACUACAAGCAUGAUUACAGCUGGCGCUCAGGCAUCUUGUGUAAGAUAUUUGGUAUAAUAUCCGUCAUAUCAAGCGAGGUCUCGGUCUUCACCCUGGUCUUCAUUGCCUACGACAGAUUCUUGCACAUCGUUCACGCUAUGGAAUUCAGAAAGAUCGGUUAUCGCACUGCGGUCUUUCUGUUGUUCAGUACCUGGGCCUGCUGCACUGUUAUUGCCGUCCUUCCCGCGAUGAUCGAUUCGUACUUUUACGACAACCUACGCAGAGAGGGUUUCUACGGGACCAACAGCAUCUGUAUGCCGCUUCAACUCCCCGGUGAAGACACAAUAGCAUGGGAAUAUUGCCUCGCGGUGUUCGGAGCACUGAAUUUCAUUGCUGCAAUCUACCUCAUCGUAUCCUACUGCCAAAUGUUCUACUCAUCUUAUUCCUCAGCGAAAGAAUCAAAGAACAACACCCGUCUUGGUGUGCACACGACCAUGGCAAAACGAUUCGCAGCCGUCGUAUUUACCGACGUUUGUUGCUGGGUUCCAAUCGCAAUGUUGUUACUCUUAUCCCUCGUUCGGGCAAUCAACGACGGAGGCAACGAGUUGUACAUGUGGUUUUCGAUUUGCGUCAUACCAAUCAAUUCAGCCAUCAAUCCUAUCCUGUAUACCCUCAGCACACCGUUGUUCUGGGAGAAAGUCAAGGCAACCAUCAAGAAAAUGCUAUUCUGCCUGUCACAAGAUCGUCGAAACGUUGGCAAAUCUGUUAGUAGUGAUAACCCAAAGUUGAUCACGAAAAUCAAACGGGACAAAAAGGCCUAAACAACAUUUUAAGCCGGGCAUCUUAGUUUAGGACAGUGUACAUCACUGUAAUAGGCUUGAUAUUCUAGAAGAAGACUUAGAAACAAGUUGUAUACUAAAUGCUGAAAUUGGCUGCCAUUUCAUCUCGAAGCAUAUUUUUAGAUUUUACACUAGUCGAGAAAUUGUAUCCUGCAUGCAUUUAAAAAUGAAGCAGAAAAAACGUAUAAAGCUAAUACCUUAUCAGUAACGCAUUACGCACCUUAGUCUUCACAUGAUUUGAAACGCAUAUAUAACAUUAAACAAUUCAUUCUAAAAUGUAAAAUUAAAGAUAGCAUGGGAAACAGCGAUAGCGAUGCCUGGCAUAUAACGGUUAUGUAAUCAUCAAAUAAAAAAUCGUCAUAUGCACAAAUCAUGUUAAUGCUAUUAUUUUCUGCAACCUUAUUUUCCCCCCAUUACACUCCUGUUGACCGUUUGCAAAUUCGAAGAGAUUAUAAAUGGUUUUGUGCUUGGCAUAUGAUAAUAUAUAACUUGAGUGGCAGAUUGGCAGGAUUUUGUGAGAGGGCUUAGUUCGCGGCAUAUA